CUAUACAAUUAAUUGUCCAAUACCACUACGACAGUCGACAGUUACGUUUAUGAUGUAGUUAAAAGUAUUAUUAUAUUGUUAUCAGUGUAAUUCAAGACGCCUUACCUUGCGUGAAGGCAAGCGCUAUCGCUGAAAGAAACUCUGUAUUUGUGCAGUGAUUUGUGGAAAUCAAAGUGGUUUGGUUUCGCUACUUUCGUCGAUCAGUUCGCCGUAUAUCGUGGCGGAAACUGGUCGCGAUGCUUGGGGCACUCGGUAUUGCUGUGGCGUUCAUCGCCGUGUGCCAAUAUUUGGGUUUUCUCUUAACAACCAUUGUUGCUGUUAUUGUGAGUGUGCUGUAUCUACUUACCUUCCAUUCAAGAUGGUGUUACAUCGCGUUGGUUACUACGCCUAGGGAUCUUAGAGCGCUAUGGUGCUACCUAAGAGUGUUAAUGCUUGCCAAGAAAUGCCAAAGGAAUAAUUCAACUCUACCGGAUUUGUUCCAUGAAGUUGUUCAAAGACACCCUGAAAAGCCGUGUUUUCUGUUUCAAGAUGAAGUUUGGACUUUCAAAGAGGUGGAAGACUACAGUUUACGUAUGACAGCGGUUCUAAAACAUGAAGGUAUAAAGAAGGGGGAUAUUGUGGGAUUGAUGACCAACAACUGUGCCCAAAUGCCAGCGCUCUGGAUCGGCAGUGCGCGCAUUGGUGCAAUAUCGCCACUUAUCAAUACAAACCAACGAGGCAACGCGUUAAUUCACUCCAUAAAUGUUGCCAAAUGCAAUGUCCUCAUAUUUUCCGACGAAUACUUGCCAGCUAUACAAGAAAUAUCCGGCCAGCUCGAUCCGUCACUAAAACUUUAUAAAUUCACACACCGUCCACUUAACUCUCCCAAGUCUGAGAAGGCCAGUGGUGAUGGUAUUCCAAAUUUGACUGACCUCCUUGAAGCUACUCCACCAGCCCCAUGGACCAAGGCUGACGGAUAUGGUUUCCAGGGAAAGAUACUUUACAUAUACACAUCGGGAACUACCGGGUUGCCAAAAGCAGCAGUUAUUUCUAACUCUCGUUUAAUUUUCAUGGUAUCCGGCGUGCACUAUUUACGGCUUAACUCGUCGGACAUUGUGUACUGCCCCUUACCUCUAUAUCACACUGCUGGAGGGGUCGUGAGUGUGGGCCAGGCCUUAUUAUUUGGUUGCACCGUGGUGUUGAAGCCUAAGUUCUCAGCAUCACAGUUCUUCCCAGAUUGCGCCAAGUAUAAAGCGACGGUAGCCCACUACAUAGGCGAGAUGUGUCGUUACGUGCUCGCGACCCCGCCGUCGCCCGCCGACAGGCAGCACAACGUGCGCGUCAUCUUCGGCAACGGGCUGAGGCCGCAGAUUUGGACCGAGUUUGUUAAUCGUUUUAACAUCAAGUACGUGACCGAAUUCUAUGGAGCGACCGAGGGAAAUGCUAAUAUUGCAAACACGGACGGAACGCCAGGCGCCAUCGGUUUUGUUUCUCGAAUCUUCCCUAGUGUAUAUCCGAUCGCCAUCAUAAAAGUAGACCAGGAGACUGGGGAACCGAUACGAGAUUCUUCAGGAUUAUGUCAGAUCGCAGGCCCCAACGAGCCAGGUGUGUUCAUCGGAAAGAUAUCUCCCAAUAACCCAUCCCGGGAAUAUCACGGGUAUGUGGACAAAGCGGCGUCGGAUAAGAAAGUCGUACAUGAUGUGUUCUCACAUGGAGAUUCCGCGUUUAUAUCAGGCGACAUCCUGGUGGCGGACGAGCGGGGCUACCUGUACUUCCGCGACCGCACCGGCGACACGUUCCGCUGGCGCGGCGAGAACGUCAGCACCAGCGAGGUGGAGGCGGCCGUGUCGCGCGUCGCACGCCACCGCGACGCCGUCGUCUACGGCGUGCUGGUUCCCAACACGGAAGGUAGAGCGGGAAUGUGCGGUAUUGUGGACCCAGAUGGUAGUCUGGAUUUAGAAAAACUCGCCAAAGAUCUAGCCAGAGAUCUGCCCGCAUACGCGAGACCUAUCUUCAUCAGAGUCAUGGACAGUAUGGAUAUGACGGGAACAUUCAAAAUGAAGAAAACGGACCUACAGAAAGAAGGAUUCGAUCCCAGUAUAGUAAAAACCGACAAAUUAUACUACUUAGAUGUAAAACAAAACAAAUAUUUGCCCCUAGGUCCUGAAGAAUAUGAAAAUAUUAAUACUGGAAAAAUUAGACUGUGAUCUUUUAAUAUAUAAAUGAAAACAAUCAAAUUGUUGGUAUACUCUCGUCUUACUUUACCAAAAAUACUCGAAUUAGUCUCAUAUAUCGGAGGUACUCAUAUCGUAAUAGAAAAAUACGUGUCUAAUUCCAAAUUGUUAUAUUCAUGUUUUUAUUCCUAUAUCUUUCAUUUACGCAUAUUAUAAA